GUGCCUCUCUGAAAAGUGUUAAAAAUCCACAUUCCCCAGUUGACAUUUCAUUGUCUGUGAACGGGCCUAGGUCGAGUUGUUACUUGGCUUGUACAUCGGAAACUCUGCAUUUCACGUUAGGUGUUUGGCAACAGAAGGGAGAGAAACUGCGUGUUUAUAAAAUGGAUAAUGAAUUUGAAGACCUCGAGCUGCGUGAAGCACAGAGAGAGUACUUGGACUUCCUUGAUGACGAUCAAGACCAAGGAGUGUAUCAUGAGAAGGUACGCAGCAUGGUGUCCGAGGGCCAGUGCCGACUUCUCAUCAACAUAAACGAUCUGCGCCGCAGGAACGAGAAACGUGCCAAGGAGUUACUAAGGAAUGCCUUCUCUGAACUGGUGGCAGUCCAGCGUGCACUGAAGGAUUUGGUUUCCUCAAUAGAUGCCACAUUCUCCAAACAGUUUGAGGAGUUUCAUGUAGGCUUUGAAGGCAGCUUUGGCACUAAACACGUGACCCCACGCUCCCUGAGUGCUCGUUUCCUAGGCAACUUGGUGUGUGUAGAGGGUAUCGUCACCAAAUGCUCUCUUGUCAGGCCAAAGAUCAUGCGCAGUGUCCACUACUGUCCAGCCACCAAGAAGACCCUGGAGAGAAAGUACACAGACCUCACCUCAUUGGAUGCCUUCCCCUCCAGUGCCAUCUAUCCCACUAAGGAUGAAGAGAACAACCCUCUGGAGACUGAGUUUGGCUUGUGUCGGUAUAAGGACCACCAGACGCUGACCGUGCAGGAGAUGCCUGAGAAAGCCCCCGCUGGUCAGCUUCCACGCUCCGUUGACAUCAUGGUCAAUGAUGACAUGGUGGACAAAGUGAAGCCUGGAGAUCGCGUACAGCUAGUGGGCGUGUACCGCUGUCUGCCCGCCAAACAGGGAGGCUUCACCUCUGGCACCUUCAGAACUAUCCUUCUGGUGAACAACAUUAAGUUGAUGAGUAAGGAGAUUGUCCCUGUCUUCUCAGCAGACGAUGUUAGCAAGAUCAAGAAGUUCUGUAAAACCCACUCUAAGAAUGUGUUUGAGCACCUUGGUCGCUCCCUGGCCCCCAGUAUCCAUGGGCAUGAGUAUAUUAAGAAGGCCAUCCUCUGCCUGCUGCUGGGUGGCAAUGAGACCAACCUGGAGAAUGGCACUCGCAUCCGAGGAGACAUCAAUAUCCUCCUGAUAGGUGAUCCCUCAGUUGCGAAGUCGCAGCUUCUGCGCUAUGUGCUGUUUACGGCACCAAGGGCGAUCCCCACGACUGGACGAGGCUCAACCGGAGUGGGUUUGACCGCGGCAGUGACCACGGAUCAGGAGACUGGUGAUCGUCGUCUGGAGGCAGGGGCCAUGGUGCUGGCAGACAGAGGAGUUGUCUGUAUUGAUGAGUUUGACAAAAUGUCUGACAUGGAUCGCACUGCCAUCCACGAGGUGAUGGAACAAGGCCGGGUCACGAUUGCCAAAGCUGGCAUCCAUGCACGACUAAAUGCUCGCUGCAGUGUGCUGGCAGCAGCUAACCCAGUUUAUGGCAGGUAUGAUCAGUAUAAGACUCCCAUGGAGAACAUAGGCCUGCAGGACUCUCUGCUCUCUCGGUUUGAUCUGCUCUUCAUUGUUCUGGACGUGAUGGACCCGGACAGCGAUCGCCAGAUCGCUGAGCAUGUGCUGCGCAUGCACCGCUACCGCACACCUGGGGAGCCAGAGGGAACAGCAAUGCCCCUUGGAAGCACAGUGGACGUGUUUGCAACUGACGACCCCAACCUCACAGAGGUGACCGAUCAAGAGCUGCAGAUCUAUGAGAAGAGGGACAACAUGCUGCACGGGCACCGCAACAAACGGGAGAAGAUCGUCACCAUGGAGUUCAUCAGGAAGUACAUUCAUGUGGCCAAGCUGGUGAAGCCGGUUCUCACACAGGAGGCCUCUGACUACAUAGCAGAGGAGUAUGCUAAACUUCGCAGCCACGACCAGGUUAACCAAGAAUCUGCCCGGACAAUACCUGUGACCGCCCGAGCCCUUGAGACCAUGAUCCGAUUGGCCACUGCACACGCCAAAGCUCGCAUGAGCAAAGCUAUUGAACAGAGUGACGCAGAGGCUGCUAUUGAGCUUAUGCAGUUUGCCUACUUUAAGAAGGUCCUAGAGAAGGUGAAAAAACGGAAGGUUGCAGAAGAGGGCGAGGAAGUGGAGGAUGAUGCAUCACAAGAGACACAGGAGACGCCGAGCCAGAGAAGCACAAGGACAAGAGGACGCGCUUCUAAAGAUGACAUGGACAGCACAGAAGCAGGGGAUAACAUGGACCCUUAUGACUUCACUGAAGAUGAAAAGACCAAGCCCAGUCAGACGUCUCAGCCAUCAUCUCAGAAGACCAAGAGUGUCGUUAGUCAGGACAGGCUGAAGGUGUUUAAGGCAGCUUUGCUGAAAGCCUUCAAGUCUACACGCUCACAGUCUGUGGCUGUGUCUGACCUCCUGUCACACGUCAACCAGGGCCAGGAAGACCCCUUCAAGCCCCUCGAGAUCCAGCAACUGCUCGACCACAUGCAGGACGACAACCAGGUCAUGGUGUCCGAAGAUGUGGUCUUUCUCAUCUGAGGGUGAAUUUGGAGUCUCAACAACACUGCGAGGGCACUCUUUGUGAAUUUCUGUCCAAUAAAUCCUCUUUUGCAUCUUA